AUGGCAUCCAAUAAUAUGUACAGAGUCGGGGAUUUCGUUUAUUUUGAGUCAUCAGCUACUGCUCCAUAUCAAAUCCGUCGAAUAGAUGAGUUGAAUAAGACUCCUACUGGUGCUGUUGAAGCCAAAGUUGCCUGCUAUUAUCGUAGACGUGAUGUAUCCAAUACUUUAAUUAAUCAAGCUGAAAAAUACUAUGGCGACAAUGAUGAUGAUUACGAUGAAGAGUGUUCAGAUGAAACAACCAGUUCAAAUGGUGGAAACUCUAAAGAAUCUACUAAACGUCCUAAUUCCGGCAUCACUGAACUUCAAAAACAUCAGCUAAAACAUCGUGAAUUGUUUCUUUCACGGCAGAUUGAAUGCCUACCAGCUACUCAUAUUAGAGGAAAGUGCUCAGUUACACUGCAUAAUGAUGCCGAACCAUUGACAAAUUAUUUAGCUAGAGAUGAAGCUUUCUACUACAAACUUAUCUAUGAUCCUAAUUUAAAAACUCUACAAGAAGAUCGAGGUUCAAUGAGAAUUGGUUCAGAUCAUCAGUGUGAGAUUCAGUCGCUACUGAAGUCAAAGUCAGAGGAUGUACGGUUAACGGAAGUACACGAAGAGUUAAUGUGGUCACCUUCACAUUCAUUAACAGAUCAACAAAUCGAUAUGUUCUGUUUAUUGGCCAAAGCUGUUGGUACAUAUGGUCGUGCACAUGACGCUGCUUCAUCAGCUAGACAUCCACUUCUUUUAAGCUCAGCAGCGGCAGCUGGUCGUGAUAUCACUCGACAACAAGCUCAUAAUUUACUGCAUGAAGCCAAUUAUGAUUUAAAUAAAGCAAUCAAUCUUCUAUUACCAGACGGUCAACCUGUUAUAUAUCGUGACCAACUGGAAGAUUGGUCUGCUAAUGAAGCCCAUAUAUUUGAAGAAGCAUUGGAUAAAUACUCUAAAGCCUUCUCAGAUAUCCAAUCAGAAUGUUUACAAUGGAAAACGCAUAAAUCAAUUGUUGAACUGUAUUACUUUUGGAAAACAACAGAUCGUUAUGUUAGACAACGUCGUACUAAACUAGCCGCUCAAGAGCAUAAAUUAAAACAGGUUUAUAUUCCAAAUUAUAGUAAACCGAAUCCAGCUGUUUUAUAUCAUGGUACAGAUAAAGUUAGUCGUCCCUGUGAAGGAUGUGGAACUGCUAAUUCUCAUCAAUGGUAUAUAUGGGGUACAUCUAACAAUAAUUCUCGUUUAUGUGCUGGUUGUUGGUCAUACUGGAAACGUUAUGGUGGACUGAAAACUAUUGACUCUAAAGAACGUCCUGUUACAACUCUACGUGCUCAUCAAACGAACAGUACAAUUCCAGUUGACACAGAUAUAAAAUCAGGUGGGCCAAUCAAUAUAACUGGUACAGUGAAUCAUCAGUUCAAAUCACAUUCUAUUGGAUUACCAAGUGGAGUGAAUGAUACACCAGAUGGUGACAUCGAUAUGAAUUCAGUUGACAACACUGUAACCAGUCAUAACAACAACAAUAAUACUAAUAUUGUUAACUCUGCUACUGCUACUACAACUACGAAUAAUAACAACACCAAGGCAGUAGAUGGAUCAGGAUUCUUCAGUACACUGAUUGGCACGCCAAGAGGGACACAGUGUUUCAGAACACCAUUGAUUAUUCGUUUAGCGCGAAUACUCUGUCCUAAUCUUGUUCAACCAUUGCGUUUAGCUCGACGUCCUGGUGGAAUACCUGAAAUAUUCUCACCUAAACAACAACAACAACUACGUGAAUGCACAGACGUAGACUUAUCUGGCAUUGACAAUCUGUCAGAGAGAAAUAUGCUGAUAAUGUGUAAAGUACUGAAAGCAGCAGCUCAACCCAUACUGGCACGACUUCACAAUCCAUCCUCUUUGUUGACUCGUCCACGAAAAAUACCCAGUUUAAAUGAUGUCAUCGAUGCAAUGGCUUCACGCAAAGGCAUUGUCUUACAACCGCUACACCUUUCCCCAACCUCACAAUUCCCACUUCCUAAUGGUCCUGUCCACAAUCGUAAACGUCCGUAUUCACCAGGUUCAAUUAAUCCAACAGUGUCGAAAAAAUUAGAUCAAACAGAUGAAAAGUUAAAUGGUAAUAGUAGUAGUAGUGGUAAUAAUUCAUGUAUGCUGGCAGAAAAUUUGAUGGGAAAUGAUGGGAAAUGUUUGACUAAUGGAAGUACUAAUACUACUAAUGCUGUUACUACUAUUCCUAACACUGCUAUACCUGUUACUGAUAUUAAUUCAUUUGUUUCAAAGCCGGAUUGUUCCCCGUCGUCUGCUUCUACGGAUAUCAUUGUUCCAGGUAAAACUAUAAAGUCGUCAGCAUUAUCAAUUGAUUUAUCAGUACACAAAUCAUAUCAAAUUUUGAAUCGGAAAUCAUACAGUAAACCCAUUGAAACUAUGGAAAUCGUCUGUGAAACCGUAUUUACUAGUAAUCAACAGUUUCUUGUCAAGUCAAUAAUAAUGAUGAUGAUGAUAAUGAUGAUGUAA